UUCAGAUCGGCCAAGAAAAUGCUUUAAUUUGAAGCUUUUUACUCGUGUGAGAUUAAACAGCUGUACUGUCAGAAGCAGGGGCCAUAGUGAAUACCUUGCCAGAGUUUUGUCAAGCUAGAAAACCGUCGAGUCCCCAAACGCCCCCCUUUUACCCCUCCUGUGUUUCCCCUGAUGUCACCAAGGCUGGAUCCCAACGCAACACCCACGAACCGUAACCGACCCAUACCAACAUGGGCAACGACACUGCACACCGCAGCGAAUGCACACAGGACAGUCACCCGAGGGCGCCCUUUACAAACAGCUCCCUUCACCUCCCGGUGUCGCUCGCACCACCCAAUACCUUUAUCACUGCGGGGAGCCAGUUGCUUACCGAGGACGUUACGUGCACGGACAAACCGGACUGGGUGGAGUUUACCGGGGGAGCUGGGGCGGCCUUCAUCAAUAUCAUCGUAACGUUCCCCGUCAACAAAAUCAUCUUCCGGCAGCAACUCCAUAGCAUAAGGGUUCACAAGGCGCUAAGCCAGUUGAAGAAGGAAGGAGCGAGACAUUUGUACCGCGGUGUGCUACCACCUUUGCUGCAGCGCAUGUCGGGAUUGUCACUCAUGUUUGGACUCUAUGACCAGUACUCACGGAUCCUCAUCAGGCACUGCUCGGACUGCCCGUUGAUUGUUGCCAAAGUCUCUGCAGCUCUUCUCUCAGGUACAACAGAGGCGAUCCUCGUCCCGUUUGAGCGAGUUCAGACGUUACUCCAGGAUCACCGUCACAUGAAGAACUUCGACAACACUUUCCAAGUCUUCCAUCGUCUGCGGCACUACGGUCUCCGCGAGUACUACCGCGGGUUGACGCCGAUCCUUCUACGCAACGGACCCAGCAAUGCCAUCUUCUUCACCAUGAGGGAGAAACUACAGACGUUCACACCCAAAGAUGCCUCCAGAGUUCAGAAGAUUAGCAGUGACUUCGUAAACGGUGCCAUUUUAGGAGCAUCUUUAAGCACCAUCUGGUUCCCAGUCAACGUCAUCAAGACCAAGAUGCAGUCUCAGGUCGGGGGCGAGUUUGUGUCCGCCUGGAGGACACUUCACAUCGUGUACAAUGAGAGGGGACGGAGAUGGCGGGCCAUGUUCAGGGGGGUGCAUCUCAACUUCAGCCGAGCGUUGAUAUCGUGGGGCAUCAUCAACGCGUCGUAUGGGAUACUGACGUCCACGCUGCACGAGCUGAGAGGUUCAGUUACGGAUUGAUAACCAAAUGAAAAUCUUGUGUGCAUGGAUGAAAACAAUUACUGAUGCUGUUUAUGGACUCAAGAGUACUUGCCAUACAGCGGUGAUAAAGCUCUCUCGUGGUGUCGGGUUAUCUCGGUGGCGGGUUAUCACGUAUCUACAACAAUAGUGUCUUGUCCCAAGACUCCUAUAUCUGCUGCAAUUGUCUUUUGAGUUUGAACUUACCCCAGCAAGCCUAGUGGUAAGAAAUCUCAGACGACAGCUGCACUGGUAAGGCCA